AUGGAAGAGAAGACCACCGGAAGUACAAUCAUGGCAGCACUCUCCACCCUCACCCCGCCACAAAUCUCCUCCCUGACCACCACCAUCUCCGCCCUCUUCCACCUCCACCACCGUCGUCUCUCCUCCCUCCUCUCCUCCCACACCCUCUUCUCCCUCUCCCUCCACCACCUCCACACCCUCUCCCUCAACCAAAAAUCCCUCCUCAUUGCCCGCCACCUCUUAUCAAUCCUCUCCCACCUCUCCCACUUCCUCCACCCCAAAACCGCCGGAUCACCACCAAACAACACCACCAUGGUCAACGUCAACCACCGUGACCUUGACUCUGUUCUCCUGUUACUCCUUCUAUGUGAACUCCAUCAACAUGAUCCGGAAUCACUCAAGACAUUGUCGCCGGAAAAGUGGCGGGAGUCGCUUUCCGGUUAUGUCUCCACCACCAUGUUGACUCUCUCCGGCAUUGGGUUCUCCGACAGUGAAACGUUGAGGAAAUAUGUUGAAGUGGUGACAAGGUGCCGGAAGUUUGUGGAGGUGAUGGGUGGUGGUGGAGAUGGGAAGGAAGGGAGAGAGGUGGCGGCGUCUGUGGCGGCGGUGGUGGCACUGCCGUCGGUGGAGGUGGAGCAAGGAGGAAAAGAGUGUGUUGUGUGUAAAGAAGAGAUGAGGGAAGGGAGAGAUGUGUGUGAAUUGCCUUGUGAACAUCGGUUUCAUUGGAUGUGUAUAUUGCCAUGGUUGAUUAAGAGGAACACGUGUCCUUGCUGCCGCCAUCAGCUGCCGACUGAUGAUGUGUACGGCGAGCUUGAGCGGCAGUGGGCGGUUCUUGUGAAAAUAAGUGAUGGUUAUUAUUAG